UUCGCGACUUGCGAGUCUCUUCGAAGUUUAUUAAAAGUUUUAUAAACUUUUUUUUAUAUUUAAGUGAAGUGCCGAUAUAGUCGUUCUUAAUCGAAAUUACUACAAUAAAAUAUUAAAGAAUUUCAAAAACCAUACUUCUUCGAGUAAUUUACAUAAGAAUUGGUAUUUGGUUGGCCUUCACUAUUCACUCAGUGUUUCUCAAUUCCCACCUACAAGUGGACUUGAGAUGUUUAAUUUAAAUAAUGUCAUCGUACGUGCAUGAGAUAAUAAUUUAAGUUUCUCCUAAAAAGUGUUUCUUAACAAAUACUUCUUAAAAACGAUAGUGUUAUUAUACAAAGCAUUGUAAUGCAUUUAUACAAUUAAUAUUAAUAAAAUAAAUAAGUGAAUUAAACUUUCUGUGAGCUUAUAAUUAUAAAACGUAAAAAUGCCGAGAAAAUUGUUAAAGUUUUUGAUAGUGUUUGAUAAUACUUCUUUGUUAUAUUUUCCUGGUCAGUUCUUAUCAGGAAAGGUGCUAAUGGAAUUGCAAGAUGACACUCCUGUUUUGGGGCUCCACUUCCAUGUAAUUGGCGAAGGUGUGGUUAGGGUGGGGUCUGGUCGGCACGAGAGGCUCUUUGAUAAAGAGAACUACAUAGACUUCAGAAUGAGACUUUUGGGAGAACCUGGUCACAGCGCAUCAGUCCUGUCGCCAGGCAUCCACAGCUUUCCCUUCAAAUUAGGCCUACCAAUGGGCUUACCGUCCACAUUUCUCGGAACUCACGGCUGGGUCCAGUACUACUGUAAGGCAGCGCUGCGGGAACCCAACGGCUUGACGCACAAGAACCAGCAAGUGUUCAUUGUUAUGAACCCGAUUGAUCUUAAUUUGGAGCCGCCUGUGCUUUCACAAGAAUUCGAGCUAAACGUCGAGCACAAGCUCGGCGUGGGGUGCGUGGGUGGAGGUUCGGUGAGCUGCCGCGUGUCGCUCGACCGCGGCGCGUACGUGCCCGGCCAGAGCAUCGCGCUCACCGCGCACAUUGCGAACAAUUCGCGAACCGCUCUAAAGUGCACGAGAGCGUCGCUUACCGAGACGAUCCAGUACACGGCGCACGGGCGCGUGGCGGCGCGCGAGGUGCGGUCGCUGGCGCGGCUGGCGCACGGCAAGUGCCGCGCGGGCGGCGCCGACCGCUGGCGCGAGCUGCUGUACGUGCCGCCGCUGCCGCCCACCAACCUGCGCGGGUGCCACCUCAUCUCCGUGCAGUACGACGUGUUUUUCGUAAUCGAACCGAAGAGUCUGGAAAAGGAAGUGAAGCUCCAACUGCCAAUACUGCUAGGUACGUAUCCGUUCCGCGACGACGACGACGAGACGCACCCGCCCACGCACUAUCCGAGCACACUGCCGAUAUUCAGACCGUGGUUACAUGAGAAACAGACGCAUUAGACAUGACAUAUACAAGGAGUUCGAAUAGCUUUUGACAGAACGAAUUAAAAAAAAAAAAAGAAAAAAAAUUGAAUGGUGUUCGAUUUUCGAACUCUGUAUGCGCAUUUUUGUAAAUAUACG